UAUUUAUUUGACAAACUCAAAGGAAAAUUCAAGAGGAGUCUGGAGGAAAGCAAAGCGAUAGAAUUUCUAGAGGAAUGGGAACAACUCUGUUCACAAGCUGUAGCUUUUCUUGUAGUUGGAGAUAUUAUCCGCAGACUGAAAGGAGGCUGUCAAGGUUUAAAAUUAGCGUUGCAUGUUCAAGAGGAAGUGAAUUGAGGAAGAGAAGAUCAGUGUUAGUCUCUGGUGCUUCUUUGAUUUCUUCUUCAAUUCUGGGAUUUCCAGGAGAUGGAUUCGCUGUUGUCAAACAAGGCCUUCUAGCAGGCAGGAUACCCGGCUUGUCUGAGCCAGAUGAACAAGGCUGGAGGACUUAUCGCAGACCAGAUGAUAAAUCUGGAGGCCAUGGCGUUGGGUGGAGUCCAAUCAUUCCUUACGUAUUUUCAGUGCCCCAAGAAUGGGAAGAGGUUCCAGUAUCAAUCGCGGAUUUAGGUGGCACAGAGAUUGACUUGAGAUUUGCCAGUCCAAAGGAAGGGCGCUUGUUUGUCAUUGUGGCACCUGUUCUCAGAUUUGCUGAUAAUCUUGGUGAUAAAGCUACGAUUGAAAAGAUUGGAUCUCCAGAGAAAGUGAUUUAUGCAUUUGGACCGGAAGUAAUAGGGGAGAAUGUAGAGGGGAAGGUUUUAAGCGUGAAUGUGGCUGAACAUUCAGGGCGAACAUACUACCAAUACGAGUUGGAGCCACCUCAUGUGCUGAUUACAGCAACAGCUGCUGGAAACCGCUUGUACAUGUUCAGUGUAACUGGAAGUGGUCUUCAAUGGAAGAGGCACUACAAGGAUUUGAAGAGGAUAGCGGAGUCAUUUCGAGUUGUCUAGUUGGAUCUCAAAAUUAUUAUCAUUUCAUAAUAUUACUUUUAACACAGUAUAGAAUGGAGAGUGUAUUUGCAGAGCAAAUUAAGUUCAAAGGAAAAUUUUAUAUUUUUGUUUAUUAACAUCGUUUUGGAUAAAAGUUCUGUAAGAGUUACAAGAAGUCUAUAUAUCUACAGCACUGUGGAUUGUAAUUUAGCAUUUCAAAGGUACA